AUGAGGUUUGGCCUCAUGAGAUCACUACUGAUGCACCCGUGUGGUGGCUCCAUCAUCACCGUCCGAUCAACAACGACGUCUGCUCAGUAUGUGGCUUCCAGAUCAAGAGACCCUGUUUUCGAGAAGCUCAUGGACAAAUACAAGAACCUUCUCAAGGUCGUUGCAAUUCAAGACCUCAUCCUCGCGAAUCCAACAGCCGAUCCUCCUUCUGUGUCCAUCGAGUUUCUCUCAAGGCUCUCGCAGAGGCUCCACCUCAACCGUGGCGCCGCUUCAUUUCUGCGGAAGUACCCUCACAUUUUCCACGUCUUGUAUGAUCCUGCGAAAUCUCAGCCCUUUUGCAGGUUAACUGAUGCAGCCAUGGAGAUUUCUCGUCAAGAGGCUUUGGCUACCGCUGCUGAUCUGUCUCUCGUUGUUGACCGGUUGGCUAGGCUCCUGUCUAUGUCGACGUCGAAGUCGGUUCCGCUUCGUGCGGUUUUCAAGGUAUGGAGAGAACUCGGGCUCCCUGAUGAUUUUGAGGACUCUGUGAUCUCAAAGAACCCUCAUGUUUUUAGGCUUAGUGAUGGUCAUGAACCCCACACCCAUAUCUUAGAGCUCGUUCAGGAAGAAGAGAAAAGCCUGAGUUUUGAAGCCGCGGUUGAGAAAUGGAGGGUGGUCGAGUGUUCUAAGGAGGAUUGCAGUGUCGAUAGAACCGAGAUUCAGUUUAGUUUCAAACAUAGUUACCCGCCAGGAAUGAGACUGAGCAAGAACUUCAAGGCCAGGGUUAAGGAAUGGCAGAGGCUGCCUUAUCUGGGUCCAUACGAGGACAUGGAUGGUAAGAAAAAGAACAAGUCCGGUGUGAUGGGGGUAGAGAAAAGAGCGGUUGCGAUGGCUCACGAGUUCCUCAGCCUGACCGUGGAGAAGAUGGUGGAGGUGGAAAAGAUCAGCCAUUUCAGAAAAUGUUUUGGGAUUGAUUUGAACAUUAGGGAUUUGUUCUUGGAUCAUCCGGGCAUGUUUUAUAUGUCAACUAAAGGGAAAAGACACACAGUGUUUCUCAGAGAGGCUUAUGAGAGAGGGCGUUUGAUAGAACCAAAUCCAGUCUACGACGCCAGGAGGAAGCUUCUUGAUCUUGUCCUCUUGGGUCGCCAUGCUGCUUUAUCAGAGUCAGGGGACACACAUAUGUCUGAGGAAGAAUAA